UGUUUGAUCAAUAGUUCAUUGAAAAAAAUUACAAACUUUUUAACAUAUAUCCAAAAACAUAAACAAAAUUUUCUUUCUUUUCCAAAAUUUUAUCGAUUUUUGGCCGAUCUAACCAAAUUUUGAGGAAUUCCCACUUUUGGACUCCUCGCUUUCGUAGUUCCAUGUAGAUAAUGGCCAAGAAGGCAGGACAACAACAACUGCAAGCGGAUAUCCAGAGCGAUGAGGACCUCGAGCGCUUCCUUGAACGACCUGGACUCCUUGUGCUCGAUAUCUACUCGGAGUGGUGUGGGCCGUGUCUAGCCCUGGUUGGCAACUUACGCAAGAUCAAACUGGAGAUGGGUGGCGACAACCUGCAACUGGCUAUAUGUAAAUCAGACAAUAUUACGGCCCUGAAGCGGUUUAAUAAAAAGAGCGAACCCACAUGGUUGUUUGUGACUGGCGGUAGGGCCGUCAACAUAAUGUUCGGAACAGACGUGCCGAAACUUCUAAACUUACUGACCAGGGAGCUGGAAAAAACGCUUCAGAAAACCACGCGGCAAGCCUUUUACCGAUUAGACGAGUUGCAACCGAUCGAGGUGGAGCAGCAGAGGAUUAAGAUGGAGGCCAUCGAACGCGCGGAACGCAUUGAACGGGAAGCUAAGCACAAGAAGCAGGUGGACUACCUCACCCAAGUGACAGAAUCCAUUAUGGAAAACAUGCCUGAUAUUGGCGUAACAGUGUUUGGUCCUCAAGUCAACCGCGACAUGUUUAAGAAGCUCACUGAACCCGCCGAGCCACUCAAGAUGCAAUGCAAGGACCGUAGAGUGCUCCAGGUGUCGAUGGAUCAAUUCGAGAUCGUCAACUUUGCCUGCAAGAACCCUCUACCAAUGGAUGUAAUUGAACAGCUGGACGGCAAGGAGUUGCUCAUGUGCUUCUGGAAAAUCGACGAGAGCAUCGGCACAGUGCCUAACGUGCUUAUGGCAUACGCUCAUGAGUUAACCAGAGAGAGGGUAGGGCCGCCCAAUGAGGAGUUUGGCGAGGAGCAUAUCAUACCACCCAUCAUAGCCACAAUGAAGCUCAAAAUCGAAGUGGAGCUAAAGGAGGGUGAAGUAUGGGUUGAAGAAGUCAGCUCCGAAGAGGAGCUUAAACUGGCCCAAGCCAAGGCCAAGGUGAAGAGCAAGUCGGUCGUGCAAGAGGACACUCAUCCCGCCGAAGAAGAGGCGGCCGAUAUCGACGGCGAGGAGGAAGCCAGCGAAGAAGAGAUUCCCGAAGCAGCCGCCGACGCUCCACCUGGGUUUCCUGACAUGCCCUUCGACAUGGAUAUCGACAACGACGAUGAGGCUGGAGAGGACGAAGAAGAAGCACCAGAAGUUAAAGAGGAGGAGCCACCAAAACCAUUAACCCGCAUUAAGACCGUUAAAAUUCCACCAAUCUGGGUGCCUAACAAUCGUCGCACACAUGCCGCCCUCAUCUAUGUGUUCUUCCGUGGUCAGACUAGUGGCUUCCUGCCACCAGAUCCCAAGCCAGAGCCACCUCACGUUAUCAUGGCAUUUGACGCUUUAAAGCGAAAGGAGAUUAUGCACGUUGUCGAUCGUCAUAAGGAUGACGUUCCGCUCUACGGGUACUUCUCAAGCGGUGAUCCCGAAGAUGCGGAGCUGAUUGCAAAUUCCACGGACAAAUACGAGAGUAGCCCCCAUCUUCCGACUGACAAGAUCGUCCUAAAGGUCAACAAGGUUCAGUCCAACAUGAUGCUAUCACUGGUCUCCUACGGACCCAGUUACGUGAGUCCCAACGUCAAUGUUGGUAAAGACGAGGCCCUUAGGUUUUUCCCAGAGGACUACAAGCUUCAAGAAGAGGUCGUUGUCGAGCCAGAGAAAAAGAGAAAGAAGAGCAAAAAGAUCACCGAGACGGUCCCUGGGCCUCAGGAGCCAGUGGAACCGGACGAUGCGGCGGCUGCGGCUGCGAAUCCGGCUUCAGUAGAGGCGGCUCCGGCAGAAGGGGCGGCGCCGGCAGGAGAAGGAGAAGCCCCUGCAACCGUUGUUGGAGAAGGACUACCCACGGCAGAGGAGACACCUGCAGCUCCCACCGAGUCCGCUGCUGAAGCAGCCGCUUCAGAGGCACCACUCCUGGAAGCUGCACCCGAAGCACCCAAGGAGGAUCCUCCGGCUGAGGCUCCGGCUGCGGCACCCGAGCCAGAGACAGAAGCACCUGCUGAACCUGCUCCAGAACCGGCAGCCGAGUAAUUACGUCCCGCAUAAAAGCUGAAAAUCCGUUUAGUUUCUAAAUUUUCAAGUAUAUAGAACUUGUUUUUAUUGAUAGGUGCAUAUGAAAGAAUUACACAAUAGUUAAAUUUA